AUGGUGAACUUCAACUUGCUAUCAUUUCUACUCUAUACUCUCAGUUGGAUAUCUGUUUCACUCGCACAGUUUUACACUGUGGUGGUUGACCCUGGACAAGAAAUCACACUGCAGUGCUCCAACUUCAGCAGUUUUGCAACCCACAUAUUCUGGUUCAGACUGGCCGACAGACUCAAUGCCAGUUGCAUCUCUUUUAUGCCCACUGCUAAUAGUCGUGCUACCUUCUGUGAUGGAUUUCAAGAUACUAAAUUUAAGAUGACAUCCAACACCUCUGUGCUAUUUCUCGAAAUUAAACACGUGGAUUCAUCUGACUCUGGGUUAUAUUUCUGUGGAGAGUUGAACAUGGGAAGGCCAAAGGUUUAUACUGCAACAUAUUUGAAGGUUCAAGAUGGGUUAACCAAUCUAUCAACUGUGAUCCUCGGCAGUUUAACUGUUUUCCUUUUACUGGUCAUCAUUGGUCUGGUUGUUAGCAUCAGGAAACUUCAUACAGCUCAUGACGAAAUGCAGAAUUUGCAGCACAGUGAGAAUGCAGAGUCUGAUGCCAUGAACUAUGCAGCACUGAGUUUCCAUACCAGAACAAACAUGAGAAGGCCUGCACCGCAGAGGGAGCUGGAGCCAAAUGUUUUGUACGCUGCUACGAGAUAGACUCCCAAAAUAACCGAACAUCAGCACAAAGUGAAAGCUAUCAUAUUUCUGUUAUUUUCUGUUUGUAGAGUUGUGUACAGUUGGUGUAUGUAAAUCUUUACAACCACCUUUAACAAAAAAGAAAUUUUUUCUAAUAAAGAUUUAAACAAAAUGUGCUGUACCUGCUAAUGCUUUCUGAUUUUCUAGCUAUAUCUCCGUCUCCCACCACAGCUGCUAUGACUUUA